CACCCCACAGCUCCAGGCCUGUCUCCAAGCAUGGCAGGCUCGCAGCAGAGGGAUGAGAGCGACGUGGCCCUGGCCGCUGGGGGCGGCCUGAUGCCGCAAUGAGGGUCCGCAUGGCCGGGGCAGAGGGCGACGCUGCCCGCGGGGGAGAGACAGCCCUGGAGGUGGAGGGGGGGCUGCUGUGCCAGCUCCUGCGGUCUCCAGACUACAACCUCUUCCCCAGGUCGGCCGUGUUCGAGAGCAACUUCAUCCAGGUGACCAAGCAGGGGAACUGGGUGGACAUCCACAACUGCCCCACGGCUGUGACGCUGGGCGUGACGUCCUCCGACCCCUGCUUGCCACUGCCCAACGUGCUGCUCAUGGCCCGGUGGGAGGAUGCACCCCAGGGGCCGCUGGAGGAGACCCCCGUGGCACUCAGCAGGCUGCUGCCCCUGCGCUACGUGCGGCUGUCGGUGCAGGACGCGACGCGGCGGCUGCUGCGGCUGCAGGUGGCCACGGGCCCCGUGUACUACCUGCGCCUGCGGCCCGAGCACCCCGACGCCGUCUUCCGGCUCUGGGGCCGCCUGGCCGCCAUCCUGCGCCACGGCCUCUCCAUCACCUGCAAGGACCCCGCCGUGCGCCUGUCCCACAGCCUCGUGCCCAGCCCUGCCGGCUCCUCCAGCAGCUCCGAGCCGGCACCUGAGCUUCAGACGCCCGCCGGUGCCCGCCUGGGCAGGAGGCUGUCGCGGCUGUCCAGGAUGGCACUGGGCCGAGCGGCAGAGGACAGCCUGGUCUGGAGAAGGCUCUCCUCCUUCUGGACUCUCGCCACCAAGGCCAAACCUCCAGCCAGGGACGAGGCCCCGGGUGCCCCCGGGCCCCCAGGAGGGAAGCUGAUGGUGUGUGAGAGGUGCCUGGGGCAGCUCCCGGAGCCUGACCCGAGCUAUGCGGGCGAGCAGGCCAAAUCGAAGGGUGAGACCACGCACCACGGGCUCUGGGAGCAGGAGGCUCCAUCCAGGCUCCUGCCGCUCUCCCGGCUCAGCAGCCUCAUCGCCGUGGGCCAGUGAUAGUGGACGGGCCUCGGCUCCGGGCAGCCGGGCUGGGGUUAGCACGAGGACCGGGCCGACGCGGCAGCAGCUAAGACUUGUAGCUCCUGUCUGAGAAUCCCGAGCAUCAUAAAUAUAUCGCGGCGGGGCAAGGACCUUCAGGCCAGUAGCGUUGGGUUUCACAUGCCUGGGGAGGGGGCACCGCGUGCCCAGCCUGCCCGCGACCCCUUGAGGCACAUACAUGAUGAGGGAGGGAGGGCACUGUCCCUGGUAUGAGCCUCCUGUGCCUGCCUCCACCGCCCUGGGCCCCACUCAGGCCAUGGUGAGGACCCCAGGGACCACGCGAACCCCACCGGGAUCUACGUUAGUGUCUCCCGCACCGAGCCAUAAGCACAGGCUGGUUCCUGGUGCUCUGGGGGCUCCCGUGCCCUUUCUGCAACCAGAGGAAGCCCCUGGCAUCUUCUGCCUCUGUGGAUGCGUUCAGGGGCAGGAGGUGCUGGCCGGAGCUCUCUGCUCUGCGUCCCCUGGGACCCCCGGUUAUUAUCCUGUCCCCUGCACGUUGUCCGUGGUAUUUGUCGCUGUCCCCCAGGCACGGAGGUGCGGGCUGGCAAUCCCACGUAGGCCCAGCCUCACCGCCAAUAUAAUGCAUUUUCACAUAGGCAGCAUGCACCCUUUCCCCAAAACCCAACUGCUGCAAACAGAGGGGCAUGUUAUACGCGAGGGAAUAUGGUAACGGCAGUUUCUGCUGGGUGAAAGCAGGAGGAGCCCUGCCCGCUUGGCUCCCUCCCGCUGCUGCUUCCUUCUGCCUCUCAAAAACCAGCUGUGGCUCUCACCCCAGGGCGUUGUUUGCUGGAAAUUACGGUAUAGCACCUAGGCCCGUCCUUGCAGUGGCAGGACAUGAGCAGCCCCUUGCACCACCCGGGCUGGGUUGGGGGGUCUGGGAUAGGGGCAGGUUGGGGAGGUCACCCAGCCCCUCCGCUGCCCCCAGGGUCCCUAUGGCAGCAGCACGUCCUGCUGGAGCCCCAGGGCACAUCCCAGCAGGAGGUUUGGCCCGUGGUUGUGCCAGUGGGGAGCAGCCCCUGGCACCUGGCAGUGCUGAGCUGCGCACCCCCAAGCCCGCCGGCUCUGUAGGAAGUAGUUUGCAUGGUGCUAUGCUAAGCGGUUGACUACAUUCCCACCAUGCUUUGUGAGUUAGGGGCCUGUAGCCUCGGGGCUCUUCACCUCCUUUGAUUCCAGGACCCCUUGGAAAAUGCCUGGAGAGCCUUUCUUGCCUAUGGGAAAAAAAUACUGUAUUUUCUAGCAUACAACAUCCCCCUCCCAUAAGAUACACCUUGUUUUUGAAAAGCAGAAUGAAGGAAACCACCAGCCUUCUGUGGGCACGGGGAAGGAGAGGGGAGAGCAAAACCCUCACCGCCUCUGGAUGAGACCCUCGGGUAGCUGGGGUCAUGCUGGGGAUCCUCUCCUGCCUGUGGGGUGCUCAGCCCCAGGACGGGUCCUGUGCAUGAGGCAGAUCAGGGUGCAGCUGGGCUGGGUCCCUGUUGCUGCUGCCCCCCCACACCCCAUGCACCCCCUUUCCCAGAGCUGCAUUGAGGAGGCCCCUCCAGGGGCACCCCCACGCCAUUCCUAGGGGUGGGCUGCGAUUUGCAGGGACAGGGGCAUCUCCCCCACA